AUGCAGGAUGAGGGUCUCAGCCUAGAGGCCAUUCGAGAUGUUGUCCGGGGCGAGAUCCAGGGAGCAGUCACAGGCCUUUCAGACCGUGUCGCAGCAGUGGAGCGCAAUCUCCAGCAGCAUAAUGACCGUACGUUUCAGGCAGUGGAGACCCUCUCCACAAACCAGGCCGACCAGGCCUUGCGCAUUGCUGACAUAGCGAAUGACACUAAGUCCAUGGCGGGGCGCAUCAACUUUCUCGAGACCACCGUCAAGAACAUCCAGGCUUCGGGGAGUACCCCGUCCACGGCUGAUACAGGGCGAGUCCCGGCCCUUAUCAUGGGGGGAUGGCCUCCAGAGACUCCAGCCAGCGAGGUCCUUCAGAAGGCUAAUGAAAUGGCGCGCGACCUUCAGCUACAGCUCAACAUGACGGAUGCUUUCGUGCCGGGAGUUAGAAGGGGAUUCGUCUUGAUCCCUACGACACCCAAUGAGGGAGAGAGUGAGGAAGCAAUGCGCCAGCGCAUGCAGCUCUGCAUACGGCGGGUAGCUGCCGCAAACAUCACGCUGGGCCGAAAGCCAGACGGGAACAUGGCCCGGCUAUGGCUCACUAUCAGUCAACCGCCUGAGCGAAGACGCAGGGCAGCCCUAGCCGGGAAGGUCAAACGCUUGAUCAUCGAAGCAGGGGGUGCUGCCACCUUGCCUCAAAUUGAACCGGAGUGGGCAACCGGGACGGUAUGGUUCCGUGACAAUAAGGUGAGCUCCGGUUCAUCGUCGUGCCCCGCGAAUGCAGAGACGGCGGGUUGUGGCUGGAUCGACCUCAAGGCCAUCGCAAAGCUGCUCGGUGUCCCAAUCGGACAGCUGGAGAAAACCUGGGAGCCCCUGAUGGGAGCCCUCCGGCCUCAAGACGAAGCUGCCGCCUUGCACUGUGCGACCUGGAACAUCGGGGGGAUGGGCCCGGAGAAAACUCUGGACUUUCUUUCCAGCUUUCGGGGCGCACCCGAACUGCAGGACCUUCAGAUUGUGCUUCUCCAAGAGAUCACAACAGUGGGAGGACCUAACUUUGACCAGAACGACACGUGGAUGCUCGUACACGGCAAGCUGGCAAAUGAGUGGAGAGGUUGCGCCAUUGCAUUUCUUAAGGUUUUAGGUACCCACGUGAAUACCCGCCUUCAUAAAGCCGCCAUCACUAUGACUUUGCGCAGUCCCGACAAUCGCACCCUUGGCGUUGUCUCAGGACAUGUUUCCCAUAAGUUCACCAUAGCCCAAACCGCUGCAUGCCUUUCCGACUGGGACACUUCCCCCAGCUUAGCUCUUGACAGGAUCCUGCUGGGAAUGGAUGCCAAUGAAACCUUCCUGCAGCCCGGGGGCCACCUCGGUAAGAGCACCCUGUCCUGCACGGGUAGGGGAGAACAGAUCCUCCAAUGGUGCCUUGAACAAGGUCUCGUCCUACCAAUUCAGCACGUAGAGCAGCCAUCUUACUUUCCGUAUAACACUUCUAUGACACCCCGCCGCCUCGACUAUCUUGCCACGCGGGGCAUCCACACACUUCGAGCCUGGGUGGGGGAACACCGUGAUAGAGCUAGCUCCGACCAUGAGCCCAUUCUGUGUUGCCUAAGAAUUCCCCUUCCGCAACAACCGAAGCUCGGGGUCAUUUGGUGUGCACGACAGCUCGCCUCCGGAGCGGAGGCCAUUCUUGCCAGGCAUGAGCCCCUGGAGGCGGAUCCGCAUAGUUCCAUCGCCAGCGCAGCUAAGCUCAUUACGGUGCCUGUGCACCGGUCCCUCAAAUUCAGGGAAAGUAGCGCGCUCAAGCAGUUGCGACGAAAAGCCAAAGAACUUUCACCGGGGAUUGAAGCCCGCAAAGCAUGGAAGCUAGUGCAUAAAUCCCUCCAGCAGGAGCGCAAGCUGUGGCAGCGCCAACUGGCAGAUAAGGCCGGAGAACAUCACUGGGGUGCCCUCCGCUCCCUUAGGAAAAAGGACUCCAAAACAAAUUGGGCGGACGCCCUGCUCGACGACCCAACUUGGUCGUCUCAGCUUGAAGCACACAUGCGAAAAAUCUUUUGCAAAGCUCCCCCGGAGACAACUAGGAGUGCAAUGGCACUCCUGCAUGCAGAAGCCUCGAUCCUUUGCAAGCACACGCCCUGGCGCCCUUUCACCGAGGCUGAGAUGCGGAUCACCAUGGCAGGGUGGAAAAACCACCGAGCCACAGGCCCUGACGGUGUUGCACUCGAGGCCUUGCGGCUCAUGUUUGAGCAUCCGCUAUGGCGCCCCAGGAUUGCAGAGCUCAUUAAUGAAAAGUUGGGAGACCUCGUCAUGCGCCGCAUCGCCAAGCAGGGCGGCAUGCCUUGGGAAGCGCAUCAGGCUCUCAGCCCACCUCCGCACUCCGGAGCCGCUUUCAUGGAUGAUACGUACCUGUGGGGGGAAUCGCCCUCCUACGUCCAGCAGAUCCUCACCGAACUAGAACGCCGCCUGUUGGAGAUUGGCCUUAAAAUAAAUGCAAAAAAGACCCAGGUCAUUUCGAAUCAGAAGAACGAUCCAGUUCGAUUCGAGAUCGGAGGCCACUCCGUUAAGCCUGACGGCCCGGAUGACAUCAUGGUCAUCCUCGGUGCCCCCGUCUCCAUGUCGGGGGAAAUUUCCCCCAUUGUAGCAGAGAUGCAGGACGAUGACAACGGGGAAGCGCCCCGGCACCUUUUCAGCCGACUUUCCAUCUACUCCGGUGGCGAGAUAUGGCAUGGUGGAGAGAUGAGCAAGCGAAAAUCCCGGGGACAUACCCGCGAGGAGUCAGACAUAAAGGGCAUCGCAAUCCUGAUCGAGCUGCAACAGGCCUUCCUCGACGCCUUCGACCCCCCCUGGGCAAGCGGAUCCCAGUUAACCUUGCCAGGGGAUAACCCAAGCACUGUCCUCUCCCCACUAAGCCCACAUAGUCCCAAGCCCCCGGCCCUUUCUGCACUGCACGCGGAUGUGAAGCCUAUUGCUCAGUGGUUAUGCCCAGGUUAUGUGCAACGUACCGACAGCCUCGGGCUACAGCAAAGUUCCGAUAGCGACCUUGACUUGCCUCUGGCCCCACCUGAACCUGAACCUGACAACGCGCCAGAAAUCGAGGAGAUCGAGGAGAACGAGGACUUCGAGGAGAACGUGGAUGAUGUCGUGGAAGACCCGGCACAGUUCCGUGCCAACAUGCAAAGCAGUGCUAGAGACCAGACCCUGCACUACCCCCAUAUCGAAGCCUACAGCCUCCCGCUGACCUUCCCGGAGACCAAGUCCAACGAAGCCAGACAGGAGGCACGGGCCCGCUACCCUCCGGCUCGGCAGAGACGGCAACGCAACUCCCACAACUUCCGCGACCUGAUGCUCCUGCAUUUCUACCACCUGCCCGGGACGGAGGUGCGGUACACGAUCCUGCAGUACCACUACAACAUAACGCUGAAGCGUCCCAGACGGCAGCAGCGAUGCCAGGCACGACCCGGACUAUGCCUCCACCUCCUAUACACCAAACCUACCGUAUUGGCUACGCGCACUCGUACAAUGCGGACACCGACCCAUGGCACAACGACGGGGUCAUUCAUCGUGAUGAACUCCAACCCUCCGGCUUUCCGGGAAUGCCCACAGACUCCUGGACUAUGCCCACACAACGAGCAGAACAUCCUCCACUACCACAGCGUCAAGACCGUCAACCACAGGGGGAACAACCUCUACCUACAGGCGACCCAGCUAGCCGGGGCGUGCCCCCAGGGGCAGGCGAUUUCUCACCGCCUACCAUGGACCCGUGGGGGGAGCUUGCACGACGUUAUGCCAGCCAGGGACCGCUACUUCCACCGGCCCGAAGACAACACCGAGGACACGAUGCCGUCUGAACCCCGGGCAGGACCUGAUGGAUACAGUGGUGACUCCAGCUCGAGCUGCCCGGCAACCACACCAGCAACACAACAACCGACGAGCACCGCCUGCCUUGCCGAUGAGACCGAGCCCAUGAACAACCAACACCCCCCUUCCGGGGAAACCCCGCAGCCUUCCUCCCAUACCCCAGCAGAUGACGAUGGCUCCGAGAUAGAGUGGGAGAGCGACACAGACGAUGAGCAGGCGGACAACGAGCACGACACACCUACCAACGAUCCCGGGGGGAGCAAACCCCCGAGGAGGCAAGCGGGACAUGGGUCGCAGCGUGUCAAGAACAAGGCCCGCAAAUCUGACGUCAAGAAACUUUGGGAGGAGCGUGGAUGGCCAGACAAACCAGCAUGGUUGACGUGGAGAG